AUGUGCAAAUCUAUGGAACUUGAAUUCUCUUGCUCCACCACAGACAACCCGCAUCGACUGGAAACUCAAGGGCUUCUCCCUUGCGACAAUUUUCAGAGCUGUGUAUUCGAACUUUUCAACCUCAAAAGGCCCGAGUCAGAUAUUGCACAGAACACGCAAGUGUUAGUGCAACACUACACGCUUGUCAAUAUUGACGGCGAUUGCCAAAAGUGCGCUGAGAGAAAGACCAAGCUCAUACAGAACAGAGAGAGAAUCUCCCAAGCCCUCAUGAAGGAAUCAGAAAGCAUGGACAAGAUUCCAGGAGGUUCCAUGAAGGGGGGAUCUGGGAAGGUCAGAAACUUGAGACAAAUCCACCAAGACAGAGCGGACCAUCAGCCUGACACCAUUUGUGCCUCUGGGCCUUGCAAACGUCUCGCUAUGAUUUCCACUGAUGGGCGGCAAGGCAUGUUCUGUAAGACGCACACCUGUUCUGCUACAGAAUGGAACUGUCUCUUGGAUACCUCGACUACUCAAGACGGCGUCGAGUUUUCGGUCUACUGUACUGCGCAUACUUGCGAUACACUCGGCUGUAACCGUCGAAUCGCGGAUCUUUCGACUGUUCACUGUACGAAGCAUCGAAGAAAGAUCUGCAUGGGGUUUGCCUCAUGUCAGUCACCGUAG